GCAGACCGAGCGUCGGAAGAAACGACAGUCGCUACUCGACUCCUGCAUUGAACGGAUGGUAGCUUUGCCCGAGAGUACUUUUAACGACACGUUGCUUCAUAUAUUAAUAAUCAUCGCGUGCGUUGCCCUCGCAAAGGAAAAUCUCGGGCCGAGCUUUGCCCCCCGUGAACAAUCGUGAUAAUCGCGAAUUUAUUGCGUUUCACUGAAAGAUCAAGUUUAAUAAGUGUAACCUUGUAACCCUGGAUUGUUUGGUUCGUUAAAUACGUUAUCUUCGGGACGAUGAAACACCGCGGAAUCCUGGAUCCGGUGUGAACGUCUAGAGGUGAGAGUCCGCCGGACAUCAAUCGGGACAUCGAUUGGUCGCGGUCGCGGUCGCGGUCGCGGUCGCGGGCCGAGAGCGGAAGCACUUGUUUCGGCCAGCGCGAAUCUUGGCGAACGCUGUCGAGCGAUCGCGCACGAUCGUUCUCCGAGCAGAUCGAUACGAGUUCGAAGGAAACGUAUAUUAGACCGCGAUCGUCGCGAACGCGCUUACGCGACCAAAAGCGACGUGAAAGUGCGUGACGGUGGCGGUGGCGGUGGCGGUGACGUUGGCCUGACAGGCUCAACCGUGCGAGGGUGAGUGACGCAAGGACCGAGCCAAGACGCAGGAGAGUAGAAGGAAGAGAGACUCGGAACGAGUGAAUAAACGAGUGAGCGAGUAAGAGAUUUCACAGCGAAUUUCUCUGAUCUCUUCAAAUCCCCCGAAAAUCUCAAAGACUAGUUAUUGCGAAUCGGGUAUGUAGGAAAAUAAACAAGAAAAGACGGCAGAGAGAUCAGACGUGCUGUACGUGCGGCAACAUUUAAAUUCGCACGAGUAUCGAAACAAAUGGAAUCAUCGCGAUAGUUUACCAUCGAGGAGGAAACAGCGACGAGAGAUCACGCGGCUGAAAUAAAUAAAGUGCAGCCUCUGACGGACGACGGUGAAAGAGGGACAGCGAGAAAGUGACACUUGUUCGACCUGCUGAGAAAUACUGCGAGAAAGAGAAAAAGCGGACGACCGGUGGGCUGAAAACGGGUCCACGCGACACGUGACACGGACGCAACGGUUCGCCGCGCCGGCUGCAGGAAGAGAUCGGCGCGACCCAGCGAGGGAAGCUGCCUGCCGAAGCGAGUGUUGACACGCUCGUUUCCUUCCUCGUGCCGCUUCCUUUUCUUUUUCUUCAUUAUCCCAAGAAAAUUGUUCGCCGCAGAAACCACGCGCGGGUUAUUCCAAGAUCAGCGACGAGCCAGAGAGAAUGUUCUCAACGUCCAACAAGCAGAGAAGGAGGCAGGCUGCGUAAAUACGCGCACGCGUCAGAGAACGCGAUAAAUUAAUACUGUUUUGUCGGGUCUCACACGAGAAGGAGAGGGAGCAAGAGCUAGAGCAGCGGAUCUGCGUUUCCCGAACGAAACCGAACGUGCGACUGAUCCGAUGCUUCCAAGGACAAAGGACAGGUGACGAGCAAGACUCAGCCGAGCGUCCCCGAGACAUCCCCCGAGACAUCCCCCGAGACAUCCCCCGAGACAUCCCCCGAGACAUCCCCCGAGACAACUCUGCGAGAACAAGGAAGGUUUCGUCCCGGAAACACGAAAAAGAUGUCGAGUCCACGGGAGGAACUAUCUCGGUGGAGAAUUUCCCUCGUCCUCUUGAUGUUUCUCGGAUUGAUUCGCAGUGGCGAACUAACGCCUCCGAGCGUAUCAUCCGAAACGUCAUCGACCAUGUCCCCUUCCAAAAGGAAAUCGCAGGACAUCGGAUCCCUGAGCGACUUCACUUGGCACACUUGGCUUUUGGUGGACACGCAGGCCGGCAUACAGCCCGGCGUAGACUCGACCGCUCUGCUGCGAAGGAUAACGCCCAAGAGUGUAUUCAUCGCACCGGCGUUACCCGCUUGCGCGGAGGGUUAUCGCGCCGAUGCCAUGGGCAGGUGCGUGAAGAGCGUCAACAUCGACGAGAACGCGCACAUUAAUUUCCUUCUCGAACGACUCAACGCUCUGUACGCGAAUCAAGACAGUGCUUCGCAAGCGGCAACCUCGAAGAAUGACGAAAAAAAAUCGACCGGUCCCCUGCAGCUCAACAUACCUCUGGUACCCGAUUCGAACCCUCAAUCGACCAAGAUCGGCCUCGAGCACGCGUUCUCGGUGAGCGAUCCGAUGGUCGCGCCAGCGCACGAUGAGACUCAGCCGGGCGACGAGGGCGAAAGAACAAAGCCGCACGAAGAGACGACAGUGACCGUGUACGGGAUGAAGAACGAUACGACAUUGAGCGAAAAGACGAUGUUUCUUCCUGGAAAUUCCAGCAACGCCAACGAGCCUGAACGGAAGACUGAUGCGAUGGUGGUUCCGAUUGCGGAGUUUGUCGACGAGACAAACGACACCAAUUUCUCGGAGAUAGUGGACUACAAGAUACCGAUAGUUCUCAAGACACUAUCGAACACUUCGAGCGUGAAGGGACUCGACGUUACAGGGGAAGGUAUCUCGACGGAGAAACGACGGGACAAUUCCACCACCGAACUGUCACCCACGCUGGUACUGCUGCUCUCGGCUACGAAGCUACCAAGCGUGAUUCCGCCACAUACCACGGUAAAUGAUAACGUUACUACUUUGGCAUUAACGCGACCGCAUAACGCGACCACCGAUCGUGCACCCGUGUCGGAUCUCAUCUCGAAUGCUACUAUCGAGGACGUUAUUACCGUCGACAUGGCAGACACCGUGCAUUCAUCUACGAAAGGAUUGCCUGAAGUUUCGCAGCCGAUUAUAGUAGAUGAGCAAGCUCGGAAUAACGAGACACACGCGGAAAAGAAAUCAACGGAGGCGACGGCGGAGAAUCCCAGCUUGAAGGAGUCACGGGAAACCGAGUUCAUCUACGACGAGGAAGAAGAGGACCUGGAAUAUACGUACGGCACGGACGUGCCGGAAGAGGAAGAAUCAACGGAGGUGGAAGGUGAGGAGAUCCUGAAGCACGGCGAGGCUGGUAUGACGUUUCCCACGCGAAACGUCGAGCGAUUGCAUCGUGAUCAGCAACGGACGCAGCAACGGCGCGCUAACGAGACGGCCACGGAUGGAAAAACGACGCUUGCUACCCCUGAUCAGCACUCGCCGAUUCGCUUAAACGAUUCGACACUUGCCGAGGAUAAGGAUGAGACGGGCAGUAAUGUCUCCAGUGAGGUCAGUAUCGACGGUGACCUCAUUCUGGAAACGACCCUAUUGGACGUAAAUACGGAGAGUCUGCUAAUCACUACCAGGUCGCCGGACGUGACUCGGAAAGUCGUGAAAAGCAGUGGUAACGAUGAUUUUGAAGAAUCGUUUGGCGAGAGUCCCGCCUCCGUUCGCAGUCGCGAACCAGAAGCCGUGUUCUCGAGAAAUGCCCACGACACAAUACCCGCGGCAGGUUCGCACGAACGUAAACGUGCCGAACAUGAGGAGCUAGAGGCCGCACCUUCGUCAUCCGAGUCGCUUUUGUCGAAUCCCGAGAAGGAGCCGACGCCCGAAAUUCGCACGAUCGAGCAGAAACGAUCCAACGACAACGCCGAAGACAACCACGCAAACUUUCCUGGUUACAUGAGAUUUCCGUCGAGCGAAGUCAAUAGUAUACACGGCCCGAGUUACAAGCAGCAUUCGCUCUAUCCUUCGGACGAUCUCGGUUCCUACGACAGCACCAGCACCAAGAGCAGCGUCCCCGUCCGUCAGAAACCUGUUUACUAUCUGGCGGCGCCGAGCUGGAAGCCGGACCGACCACAAUCCGAUCGUGUCCCAGCGACGACGGUUAGCGAGAGCCCGAUGUUGUUGCGCUUCUGGAGCAAGAUGCCACUGGUCAGGGAUCCUGCUAUCUAUCCCGUCGAUCACAAUCCGGACGGUGAAACGAUCGACGACGUACGGAAACAGUCCCGUGAUCGAUUCCUGCGGACAUUGUCGUCGCGAAGGGUGGAUCUACAUACGGAAUCGGCAUCGAGGAAAAUCAACAGGCUACUCACGCAGAAACGCGGAACGCCAGUCGACGGAUAACUCGGUCUCUAUGAAAAAACGAAAAAGAAGGAAAAGAAGAAAGUAGUGAGAAAGGGGGAAAAGUGAGAGCGAAUGUUGAAAUUGUGCCAAAUUGAGAAUUCUCUCGUGAAGAAUACGAAAAUCGAUCGGAUAGAGCCGCGCGAUACGCAUGGGCUUUUUGUCGAAGGAAGCUCGAUCGAGUCCACUCGAUACAUAAUCGAGGACGAUCGUUAGAUUUCGCGCUCCUCUUUGCGAUUUCGUUGAAGGAUUCAUGUAUCGGUAGUACUGGUACAUCUAGUAUUUUCUAAUCCAGCGAAUGUUGAAAAUCGUCUGGAUAUUUUGACGAUCUCGGAAGGAGUGAUCGGGAAGUGUAGGUUUGUCUUCCGAGCUUUUCUAUCGGAAUGUUAGUCGAUCGUACCCUGAAUAUCUUUUUUCGUAGAGAGUCAACCGCGAUAUUGUAACCGCGUUAUUGUAACAACGAUCGUUUCCGACAGUCCCACGAGGAAUGUGCAUCUCGGUAAUCGCUGUACUGCGCAAUCAAUCGCGAUAAGCGUUGAACGGAAAAGGUAAAAACAAGAAAAAAACUUGUGCAAUUCCGAUGACGAAAUUUGCCGCAUCAAAGAGACGAACAACUUUCAACGGAAGCCUCGAGGAAAGUUAUAUCGCGUGUUUGAAUAAAGACGCAAAGGGGAGACAGUUGUUAACUCUCCUUUACGAACUUGUUGCAAUUAGUUAUGACAGUGAAGAAACGCUGGCGUUAAAUUAAUUAGCGUUGCUGAUUGAUUCGCUAAACGAGCAAGUGAUCUUUUUUCACCGCUACAGAAAUUAUUAACGGCUCGUAUUCUCGUCGUAUGUUUCGUUACACGCCUGACGUUCUUCCAUUUUCUUUUUACAUUUUUCUUUUUACCGUGGCUCCAUUGAGAUUUUUAUAAAUCUUAACAAAACAUUACACAAACGUUGCCUCCUAAUAAGAUAUUUCCUUUACUGAUUAUAUUGACCACAGUCGCUAUUGGAUCGUUUAUUGGAUAAUAGCAUUGCAUCGUUCUCAUACGAAGAGUAGCUAGUACACUUGGCGUGAAUUUACGAUGAAACGCUCGUGUUUUACCGCGACGCGACGAUGCGAGUAUGCGGGAUAAUAAUUUCUUCGUGCCAGAUAUAUCUGAUUACCGAUAAUGAUAAUCACGCGUUUGAAAAAAUCAUUCACUGAGACUAAUGCGAAACGUCCUGAAUUUCUUAUUCUCUGUACAGAUUGUGCGUGCGUGCGUGCGUGCGUGCGUGGAUGAAUCAUUGUUGGGUUAGUCGAUGAUAACGUUAUUUGGAAAAUGUAACGACGCGUAAACGGUAUUUACGUGUUUGUUAACGGUAUGCUGAGCUAAUUUACUAAUGGAGGUGUUACCGAAGCAGACUGAUCUUUUUAGGAUUAUUAUAGAGUAAUAAAAAUGAUGAUUUUUUUUUUCCCCCGUAGUACGAAAUCUCAAGAAUCUGUAUACUGCUCUCUACAGCAACGUCGCGUAUGUCUUACGGCGUCAAUUUCAAGAUUCCGAAGGGGGGAAAGUCGCUCUAGUUAUAAUCCGCAUAAUUCCGAGUGGAAAUUUGUCCUUACAAAUCGAUCAGAAAUUGUAUCUACAUUGUCUAGCCCACUGUUACAUGUAUAUGCGUUUUCGGUAUGACUCGGUUGGUCGUAAUCGCGCUUGCUUGAAAGAUAAGCAUCAGGCGAAGAGGCUCGAGAUAACUGAAAUUCGCUAAACGGUUUAUCGAUAAACGACGUUAUAUUUCUACCACGAUGUCACAAAUCGAGUGAUAUACGUAUAUUGAUGAAAAUUUACUUGGUACAGUUUCUUCCUCGGUUACUCUAUCUCCGCACGUAACGUCUUGGAAGGCCGUGGCCUUUUUAAUUAUAGCGGUCAAGUAUCAUCCCGAGACUCUCCGUCGAAAGCGCGUCGAACAUGAAUUAGCUCUCGUUAGGUGUACGCGUGUCCCACUACGUGUGCGAUAACGAAACCGAAAGCUGCACGAUACUCGCGUGACACCGUGCAGUUGACGACUCUACUGCUCUCUGUGUGCGUUUCAACGUGGUGUGUAACGUCUCUCUCGUAUUGUUCAUUGUCGAUUCGUGUACAUAUUAAUUUCAUCAUAGAGAAAUGUAUAUAUUAUAUAUACGCGCGCGUAGCAUAAUACACAAGUAGCGUAGACACACAGGAUUAGGCAUUAACGGCGCGGGCGUACCGAUGCGCGUUAAUCGCGUUAACUGUAUAUUGAAUCUUACUGUAUUAUUUAUAGCGAAAUCGAUGUAUGUAGUGUACGUUGCGUUUGUCGUGUUGUGCAAGGCCGCCUGUUGAGUAACGAAGUGGAAGGAAUUAUAAGAACAAACACGAUACCCGUAUAUAGUGC